AUGUAUGAUUAUCACUACAACGUUAURMAAGCCMAUUAUGGAGAUAAAAUUGAGCUCAUGUAUACCGAUACAGAUUCACUGGUAUACUAUGUCCAGACCGAUGAUUUUUACAAAGACCUGGAGAAUAGUUCCAAUUUACUUGAUCGAAUGGAUACAUCAGACUUGCCACCAGAUCACCCUUGCUACAUUGCCGAACGAAAGAAGAUACCAGGACUCUUUUCUGAUGAAACCAACUCAGAGGUAAUGAUACAUUUUUGUGCUCUCCGUGCAAAGUCUUAUACAUAUAAGAUCAAUGGGAAAGAGAAGAUCAGGGCGAAAGGAAUCCUUGGACAUGUAGUGAAAAACCACAUGAACUUUAACGAUCAUUAUCGUUGUCUGUUUGGAGAUGCAACCUUGGAAACUAUGACAGAAAAUGUCUCUAUACGUUCAUUCAAACAUCAAUUGAAGACCAUCAAGUCAAACAAAGUGACUUAUAAUAGUUUCGAUGACAAGAGGAUUGUACUUGAGGAUAAAAUACAUACCCUGGCUCACGRACACUACUCCACAGAGCAACCUGAUACGAUAGCUGAGUAA